CGAGCAGAAAAGGCACCAUGCAGAGAUGCAGGAGAUACUGGAGCAAUGGGAAGAAGAGAAGUCAGAGAGAGAGCGGGAGCAUGAGAAUGUGCUGAUGGAGAUGAGACAGAAAGUUGCCACCCUGCAGGCUCAACAAGAGGAGGAACGAACAAGAUUUGAAAAUGCCAAGCGAGAGGUCCUGCUGGAGAUGCAGAAUGAGAAGAGGGCUUUAUCAGAGACACUGCUCCAAACUCAGGGAGAGCUGAGCCGAGCCUGCCAGCAGAUCCAGCAGCUCAGGCAGGAGGCAAAAGAGCAGCAAGAGAAGGGGCAGACCAUCGAGGCAAAGCUGCAAGCUGAGCUGGAGGAAGCUCAGAGUGAAAUCCAGGAAAUGCAGAAAAGGCACAAGAAAGAACUCCAAGGCACCAAAGAAGAAAUGAAUCUCCUCCUUGAGCAGAGGGAGGCUCUACAAAAGCAGGUGAGUUAAACAGUAGUGGCACCACAGUCAUCCAGCAGGGGGUCUGUGCCCUUUUGCUUUUCCAUGGCAGAGCAGCAGCUGAUGGGAU